AUGCGAUUCCUCGCAGCUUGGACGCUUUCGCUUAUUGCAGUCUUUGCGCUGGACCAGGACUUAGACCAUGGCCAUCAGCGUGCACACCUGGCUCAAGCUGUAGACUCUUGGGGACACGAGGUCAGCCAUCGGCCCAGCCCAAGGCAUGCACCGAAGGCUCAUGAGGCUGCCAUCAAGAGGGAGAUGAGACACAAAGCGAAGGAUGGCAAACCACGCACGAAAGACGCGAAGGCGAAGCAUGGCCCGAAAGCAGCAGCAGAGGUCAGUUCGCAUGGAGGUUUGAGCCACCACCAAGCUCGUUCCAGCCACAAACACGGGCCCGAUGCCGUCCACAGCCACUUUGAGGUUGAGGCCUCGCGGAACAUUCCCGUGACCUUCUUCCAGGAAGAGUCAGAACAGGGGCCUGUCCAUGCGGUGAGGGUUCACGAGAGAGAAGGCUCCGGCGUGGAGGUUGAGGUGGCAAAGAUUUCUGAUGUCCCCGACGAGAUGGAAAUGGAGGCGGAGGAAAAAUCAGACUACAGCGAGGAAGAUGAUGGAAGCGGCGCCGAAGAUCAAGCCGAUGACUUCACCUUGCCGAAAGCUGAUGAGAUGGAGGGGCGCCAAGAUGCAGCGGCAGUCGCCGACGUGCUAUCUUCAUCGCCCGCUUCGAUCAUGAGAAGAGAGGUCCACGACACGGAGGAACUGCCGACAGAAGUCGCUGCCAAGAGGUGGCUCGGCCUCUACGACUUCAAGCACGGCAAGGUGAGCGGGCAGCGUCAUCUUCGGAGGGUCGUCCUCGUGUUUGUCUUCAUGGGCAUUGCAGUGCUCUUCAUGUUGCUCGCUCUCACGAAGGCAGACAACGUCAUCAGGAGUGUCCUGUCGCAUGUCAGCCUCUCGACCGAGCCGACCGGCAGCGAGCUGCAGGAGCCUGUGGACAAGAAAGAUCAGGUGCAGACUAGCAAUGGCAAGACUCCAGAGCCUCCAACGAAAGCAAUUGCCAAUCUGCUCGAAAGCAGCUUGGGCAGCUGUGGUGGCAGUCGAAAGCUGAGCCGGGAAGACAAGGAGUUCGAUGCCGAUCUUGGCUCCGUGGGUGCCCUGCGGUCACGGGUCGAGGCAAUUCCGGUGAGCGCUGCCGCACAGGUCGAGAGGCUCCUUCCAUCUGCAGGCGGCUACGACGUGACUUUUUCCAAGCCCUUGAGCAGCCGGCAGCUACUGCGUCUGGAAGCCGUUAUUCAAACUUCGGCGGAUUCGGAGCCGCUCCUGGCACCCCUGACCCGGCGACCAUGCGUUCUUUACACUGCGAACGCGUCCCGAAGGGUCCACGGAGGCAUGCCUUUGCCGGUCGCUUUUGCUUCCCAGCACACCGACUUCAUCGUGACUUUGUGUGGCUCACCACGGGUGGACAUCAGAGUCUCUGGUUCCGAGGUGAAUCUCUUUGCAACGAGGGAGUGCGAGUUUGCGGAAGUCUUGCCUUUUCCAUGUGCUCCAGACCAUUGGCAAGACUUCGUCUCGGCCCACUUGUCCUCUGCAGGCACCGGCUCUUCAGACAAUCAUGCGAUGGAGAACGGCUUGCGAGCCAAAGGUACAGCUGUUGAGUUUCAUGAGUGCUGCCUGAUCACGGGUGCCACGGUCACCCUCAUUGGCGAGCUCAUGCGCUCAGCGUGCGGCGACCUGACCCUCCAACCGCUCAGCCAAGAGCAGGCGCGAGGAAUGCGAGCAGGUGUCCUGGAAGCGGCCUUCCUGGGAGAAGGGCUCCGGGGAGGAGCUGGAGCUCCUGGAGGCAAGCUCUUCGCUCCUUCGCUCCCCGAGCCCUGUCAUAGCCCUCGCAAAACGGGUUUGGAGGCUCGCACGCACGUGCUCAUCAGCGAUGAUCCGACGCUCCUGACGCUCGCAGGCUCGCAGAGCAAGACGCUUGCGGCCGGUCCUGUCCCUGCAGGCAGAACUGCACCACUCCGAGAAGUGACCACGGCCUCGCUGAGCCGAGUGAACCAGCGCACCGGCCUGCGGGUUCGGAACUUGGAGGACCAAAUGGCCCAGCAACAGAAGAUCCAGAAGCAGCUCGCUCUCCGCCACACAAUGGUAGCCAAGCGCAAUGUGGACGGGCUGCCGGAGCUGCCCCUGGCGAAGUGGGAGGACCAGCCGACGCUGGCGCCGCUUGGGGUGCGGCACAGCCAUCGAGCAGAGUGGAGCAAAGGCAGUUGUGGCAUGUGUUCUGCUGAAGAGGCCGGGAAAGAAGCAGGGGGAAGUGCAACUGUGCCCAUCAAGCUGAUUCGAACGAUAAACAGCAAGGUGGACUUCGCGGUCGAGGUGCUGCUCCGAGCCUUUGAGCUGCUGUGGUUUUACCUGCCCUUGCUCCCGUUGCUAGCAUUCUCUUUGGUGGCAGAUCGAUGUUCGCCAGCAUGCAACCUCGCCGACGCUUCGAGGCCGCGGGCCCCUAGCUGGGUUGACUGGUGGUGGGCCGUUGCUCUGCGGAGGGUGCAGCGCAGCGGGCCGGUGUUUGUGAAGCUCGGGCAAUGGGCGGCCACGCGACCCGACCUCAUUCCAGAGGACGUCUGCUCGCACCUGGGCCACUUGCACGACAGCACAGAGCCUCACAGCCUGCAGCACACGCACAAGGUCUUGCGUGAGUCCUUCUCGGACACGUGGUUCCGACACUUGCUUAUUGAGCCAGAGCCGAUAGGAUCUGGAUGCAUCGCGCAGGUGUACCGCGGUCGGCUCCUGACUGGUGGAGCAGCUUCGUCAUCCAAGGCUUCGCCUCUGCGGUUGCUUGGAUCUCGGCUCCACCGCUUCUGUGGAGGUUCUUGCUCAUCGACCGCCCGUCCAAGCGUGGAGGUCGCUGUCAAAGUGGUCCAUCCGCAGGUACAGCGUGCUGUGGAUGUUGACUUGCAGGUGCUGGAUCAGCUGGCAGGCAUCUCCAAACAUGUAGGUGCGGAAAGGUUGGGGAUUCCAUUAAUGCUCCGGCAGUUUUCGGCCUUUCUCAAGGCCCAAACAAAUCUUGAGACGGAGGCGCAGAAUCUACGAAGGAUGAAGCAGAUGCUGGCAUCUUGCGACGGCAGCGUUGUCAUCCCUGAGGUCUUCGACAGAUGGGUUGCGCCAAAUGUGCUGGUGAUGAGCUUCGAGGAGGGGGAGCCGCUGACCUCCUUGCUCGACUCAGAUGGCCCGGAUCGGCCAAGGCUGGAGGCUUGGCGAAUCCUUGUUGACAGCUUCUGGGCCAUGGUCUUCAAGUACCGCUUCGUGCAUGGUGAUCUGCAUCCAGGAAACAUACUGUGGCGGCCACCAGUCGACGCCUCUGGCAAGGUGCAGUUGGUCUUGCUUGACUGCGGCCUCGUCAUUGACCUGUCCGGCCAAGCCGGCGAAGACUUGUCUGCAAUGCUGAAGGCUUUCCUGACAAAGUCUGAGGAGGAUGUGGCGCGCUUGCUCAUCUCGCUGAGUGAGAGGGUUGGCGGCAAGCCAGAGGACGUGGUGCAACCCGAAGUAUUUGUCAAUGGGAUUGCCAGCCUCAUCCGCUCCGGAAAAGGGGUCGGCUUCAGGCUCUCGAAGCUGAACGCUGGGUCCCUCAUGGGUCAAAGCUUGCUGCUCGGUCGAAAGCACGGCGUGCGUUUCGACGCUCGCUUUGUGAACCUCAUGGUGGCCAUGAUUGUGGUCCAGGGCGUGUCGCUUCGGCUCAACGGCGACGGCGACAUCAUGAGCAGGAUGCGGCCGUUCUUGUUCGGUGCUGCCGUCUCUCACCUGACAUCGUGA